AUGGUGAGGAAAUAUGCCAAGUUUCUAAGGAUAAUCAAUUUAGAGCUACUUCAAAGUACUGGCAGAAUACGGGACCCAUCAGCUCGGUCAUUUUAUCGCAAGCCAGGACUUCCAAGAAAGAAGGCGAACAUUGCAGCAAAUCAUUCGAAGCCAUUUGGUAAAAUUUUACUUUCAAUGAAUGUCCUUCAAAUUAAUAAAUUGAUCUUUGCCACUCAUUCUCACCUCCCUUGUAAUAUUAUUAAGUUCAAUACGCCGCGUAAAGUCUUUUUUUCUCUAAAUCCGCUUUCGAAGUAUACAUUGCAAUCCUAUUCAACAGAAUCCAAAUUGGCCAGUGGCAACCAGUCCAAUCCCGACUGUCUUUCUAGUUUGUCCCCCCUUACUGAACAGAGUCCAUUAGCAAAGAUAAUUCCACAACUAUUCAAAAUCAAGCUCUCUGCUAUGGUUUUAUGUACCACACUGACAGGCUUUGUCAUUGUUCCUGGAAUUGAUCUCUACUGUUGGACUACGAUAAAAUUACUGGGCAACACUCUUCUUGGUACAUCUUUAUGCUCAUUUUCCGCAAACGCGUUCAACCAAUGGAUCGAAGCUUCAUUUGACGCGCAGAUGAAAAGAACAGAAUUUAGACCUCUGCCUUUGCGGAGGAUUUCUCUUCCAAAUGCCUUCAUCGCGAGUAGCAUGAUGGGAUUGAGUGGCGUUGCCUACUUGUAUUAUUUUGUUUCCGGAGUGUCAUCUAUAAUUGCAGCCUCGACUAUUAUCCUUUAUGCUGGAGUAUAUACUCCUCUGAAAAGAAUGUCCAUUAUGAAUACCUGGGUUGGCUCCAUUGUUGGGGCAUUUCCGCCACUGAUCGGUUGGUCAGCUGGCUUACAGUCCCUCUCUUUUGUAGCUCCAACGCCUUUAUUUGGAUGGAUCCCCAUUUUUUUUCUGUUAUAUUGUUGGCAGUUUCCUCAUUUUUUUUCACUCUCUUGGGGUUUGAGAAGAGAAUAUGCCCGUGCAGGAUAUCGUAUGUGCUCUCUUCUUAAUCCACGGUUAGCCACCGCUUCUUCCAUGAGGCAUACGUUGGUCUUAUUUCCACUAACCUUUCUUUUUUACUAUACAGGCCUUGCUAACAUGUAUUUUAUAUUUAUUGGCUCUCUCAUCAAUUGUAUCUUAUUACUCCCCGCAAUAGACUUCAAAACUAAACAAGAUAGCUUUAGUGCUAGGCGCCUGUUUUUUGCGUCUCUAAUUCAUCUGCCGUUGUUUAUGGCCGCUUUAUUUGUACUAAAACCAGCGCCCUAA